UGAGAAGGCAAUUCAAUUUCAAUUUUCUGUUUGAUUUUUAUAUAUCUUGAAAUUCUUAAAUUCUGAUUGAUGCGUUGGAUAAUUGGGACUAUCUUGAUUGGCCUAUGUGCCUUAAUAUUUUGUGAAUAUUUGGCAGAUUUUGUAUUCGUACGAAAAUGCAAAUGGCCAAAACUUAAACGACAGAGAUACGUUGAAGACCCUUUACAUGCCUUGAUUUUAUCCGAUCCCCAUUUAGCUGGACCACGUUUCGAUGGAUGGCGUAAUAGAACCUAUACGGAAUGGCAUAUGAAACGGGCUUUUCAGGCUUCUAUAAAAUUACUUAAACCCGAUGUGGUAUUUAUUUUGGGCGAUCUGUUCGACGAGGGGGACAAGCUGAAUAAUCAACAGUUUCACGAGCAUAUGACACGAUAUUUAAAAAUGUUUAAUCUACCACCAGGCAUUCCUCUAAUUAGUUUGGCUGGUAAUCACGAUGUUGGUUUUCAUUUCAACUUACACCCUUACUACUUAAAACGUUUUGAAGAACAUUUCAAAUAUUCUCUGGUUCAUCUUUAUACCAUUAAAGAUGUACACUUUGUACUGAUCAAUUCAAUGGCCUUGGGUACUGAAUGUGGUUGCACAUUUUGCGAAAUGACCGAAACUGCUUUAAAAAAUGUAUCGCAAACACUCAACUGCAUGGAAAGUACUCAGGAGGAGGACUGCAACGAUGCAGCGGAUUCUACUCAGUUAUAUAGCCAACCGAUUUUAUUGCAGCAUAUACCAACAUAUCGUAUUUCGGAUGAUAUCUGCAUUGAGCGCGAUGCUCCCUAUAUAGAAUACUUUCGUGAAAACUGUGAUGUACUCUCCAAAAAUUUGACAGAUUUGUUGGGUGAUUGGUUCAAGCCACGUUUGGCCUUUGCUGGUCAUUCGCAUCACUAUUGCCACAGUGUGAAUCGUUUGGGUAUAAAUGAGUUCACAGUGGCCUCAUUUUGCUGGCGUAAUAAAGACAAUCCAAGUUUUCUAAUGGCCACCAUAACGCCCGAUGACUAUAAGGUGACCAAGUGUGAAAUGCUAACCAAACCGUUUGUUCACAAUUGCUAUUAUUUGGCUGGUGUUCUAUGGCUUUUACUAACAGCAUAUAAAUUUGUACUAUGUCUGGUUAAGACUCGUCGUCAAGCCCAAGAUGAAGAGCCAAAGGACAGCUAAGCUAUAAUUUAAAUUAAAUGGAUUCCAUAAAUAAAAUUGCAUUGCAAAAAUUCAGUUUAAAUUUCAUCAACUA